GAAUCGAGAGGCGCGAUCCAGUCCGGGCGAUCACGUGGGCUCCAGCCGGCCCAGGUGGGGCUGUGACCUGUGACGCAGGCGGCGCCGCCACAGGUGCCCGCGACGCGCCCCGCCCUCUCCCCGGCCCUCCCCGCCCGGGCCCUCGGACCCGGAGCAGCCCCGCCCGCCCAGCGCCCACCUGCGGGGCCGCAGCCGCCGCCCUCCAGCCAGACCGCGCAGGAAGUGGAGGAGGCGCCCCGGGCCGGACCGCGCGGCCGCAGGAGCGAAGCGGCUGCAGGACACGACAGGACCCGGCGCUGGAAGCUGCACCGCCAGCGCGCCGCCCCUCCGUCCCUCCGCCCCGCGGCGCAGGUGAACCUGGGGGACAGGUGAGCCGGGGGACAGGACCCCACAGCCGCCCAGCAUGGCCCAGCGGCACUCAGACAGCUCCUUGGAGGAGAAGCUCCUGGGACACCGCUUCCACUCGGAGCUCCGGCUCGAUGCCGGGGGGAACCCAGCCUCCGGGCUCCCAAUGGUCCGUGGCUCCCCGCGUGUUAGAGACGAUGCCACCUUCCAGCCCGAGGUCCCGGCACCCCCACAGCCUCGGCCCCCGGGGCACGAGGAGCCACGGCCCAUCAUCCUGAGCACAGAGAGCCCGGCAGCCCUCAAGCUGGGCACCCAACAGCUGAUCCCUAAGAGCCUGGCCGUGGCCAGCAAGGCGAAGACCCCAGCCCGCCACCAGAGCUUCGGGGCGGCUGUACUUAGCAGGGAGGCUGCCCGGCGGGACCCUAAGCUCCUCCCAGCCCCCAGCUUCUCCCUGGAUGACAUGGACGUGGACAAGGACCCCGGGGGCAUGCUGAGGCGGAACCUGCGGAACCAAUCCUACCGGGCGGCCAUGAAGGGCCUGGGGAAGCCAGGUGGCCAGGGAGACGCCAUCCAGCUAAGCCCUAAGCUCCAGGCUCUGGCCGAGGAACCCAGCCAGCCUCAUACUCGGAGCCCGGCCAAAAACAAGAAGACGCUGGGGAGGAAACGUGGGCACAAGGGUUCCUUCAAGGACGACCCCCGGCUCUACCAGGAGAUCCAGGAGCGGGGCCUGAACACCAGCCAGGAGUCUGAUGACGACAUCCUCGAUGAGUCCUCCAGCCCCGAGGGAGCCCAGAAGGUGGACACCACCAUUGUGGUCAAGAGCUACCGGCCCGCCCAGGUCACCUGGAGUCAGCUCCCAGAGGUGGUGGAAUUGGGCAUCCUGGACCAGCUGUCCACUGAGGAGCGGAAAAGGCAGGAGGCCAUGUUCGAGAUCCUCACGUCGGAGUUCUCCUACCAGCACAGCCUGGGCAUCCUGGUGGAGGAGUUCCUGCAGUCCAAGGAGCUGCGGGCGACCGUGACCCAGAUGGAGCACCACCACCUCUUCUCCAAUAUCCUGGAUGUCCUGGGUGCCAGUCAGAGGUUCUUCGAGGACCUGGAGCAGCGGCACAAGGCCCAGGUGCUGGUCGAGGACAUCAGUGACAUCCUGGAGGAGCACGCCGAGAAGCACUUCCACCCCUACAUCGCCUACUGCUCCAACGAGGUCUACCAACAGCGUACGCUGCAGAGGCUGAUAAGCAGCAACGCCGCCUUCCGAGAGGUCCUGAGAGAGAUUGAGAGGCGGCCGGCGUGCGGGGGCCUGCCCAUGCUCUCCUUCCUGAUCCUCCCCAUGCAGCGGGUGACCCGGCUGCCCCUCCUGACGGAUACGCUCUGCCUCAAGACCCAGGGCCACUCCGAAAGGUACAAGGCUGCCAGCCGUGCACUGAAGGCCAUCAGCAAGCUGGUGAGGCAGUGCAACGAGGGGGCCCACAGGAUGGAGCGCAUGGAGCAGAUGUACACACUGCACACACAGCUGGACUUCAGCAAGGUCAAGUCUCUCCCACUGAUCUCCGCCUCCCGGUGGCUGCUGAAGCGCGGAGAGCUGUUCUUAGUGGAAGAAACCGGACUUUUUCGAAAAAUCGCCAGCCGGCCAACGUGCUACCUGUUCCUGUUCAACGAUGUCCUGGUUGUGACCAAGAAGAAGAGCGAGGAGAGCUACAUGGUCCAGGACUACGCCCAGAUGAACCACAUCCAGGUGGAGAAGAUAGAGCCGUCUGAGCUCCCUCUGCCCGGGGGCGGCAACCGCAGCUCCUCCGUGCCCCACCCCUUCCAGGUGACCCUGCUUCGCAACAGCGAGGGCCGCCAGGAGCAGCUCCUGCUCUCCUCGGACUCCGCGAGUGACCGGGCACGGUGGAUCGUGGCGCUCACACACAGUGAGAGACAGUGGCAGGGCCUCUCUAGCAAAGGAGACCUGCCCCAGGUGGAGAUCACCAAGGCCUUCUUCGCGAAGCAAGCAGAUGAGGUCACGCUGCAGCAGGCGGACGUGGUCCUGGUUCUGCAGCAGGAGGAUGGGUGGCUCUAUGGCGAGAGGCUCCGGGACGGAGAGACGGGAUGGUUCCCCGAGGACUUUGCCCGCUUCAUCACCAGCCGUGUGGCCGUGGAGGGCAAUGUCCGCAGGAUGGAGCGUCUGCGGGUGGAGACGGACGUGUAGCCCUGGCGAGGCCAGCCGGCGGCAGCACAGCCUGUCAGCAAGUGGCCGUGCCUGGCUCCAGAGAGCGUGGGGAGCUGGUCUGAAGGACCCAGCAUGGUUCCCUGGGGCUUCCCAAGAGCCUGUGGCUGUGGCGCCGGGCUCCAGACACUUCACGGAAGGAAGAUCACAUGUCCCCAGAGAGGCACCCCCAGGCAAGCUCGAGGGGGCCACACCGUGUCCCAGGGAGCCCAGCCUAUUCCCAUUGGCUGGCUGGGCCCCUCUCAGCUGCUGGGCCCCACCUCCCCACUGCACCCAGGGGGCAACUCCACCCGGACUGAUGGGCACAGGAGGCACCAAUAGCGAUUAUUGGGGGCAAUGCGAGGUGUCCUCCUGUGCCCUUUCUACCCCUGAGUGGGACAAGAUGGGCCCUGAGUGCCCAGGAGUGCCCCACGUUCUGAGAGGGGGCCGGCCGGAGGGAGGGGACCCGGCAGGGAGAUUUCGGUUUUGAGGUUUCUAAAUACAUUAAAGUUAUUUCUUAAGAA